UCUCUCUCUCUCAAAAUAUUAGAAACACACCAGAACAUUGCUAGGCCAGCUUUUUUUUUUUUUGCCAUCGCUUCCCUCUUUCACAGCCUGUCAAGCUUGAAUUAUUAACGUCAAGGUUAUGAUUUUUUUAGUGAGAAGGUUGCUUUAUGUUCUCUCAAAGUAAAGUGAGAGACUGCAGGUUUUGGCCUGGCAAGAGAUUUGCUGGUAAUAGAGGUGUCAACGAGCCUUUUUCCGACUUCACCACUGCUUCAGUACUGCUGAGAUUAUUCCGUCCAUGCUUCGAAAAAUGAAUCAUGGGUUCUCAUUAGGGAAUUAGCUAGUUAUUCUUUUGGUUCCAGUUUAUCAAGAAAACCAACUUAUGGGUGAAAGCAGUGGCAUGAGGGAGGAAGAUGCUCAAUGAGAUUCUCAGGAGAGAAUCACUAUCUGGCCAUUUUAUGUCAAAGCCAAAAGGCCUUUGGAAGAAACAGGAGGAAGUGGACACUUUCUUAGAGCAAUUUUCCUAGCUUGGAUGAAGAUGACUGUUGUUAUGGUCAGUGAUGGUGGCACCAAGAGAGAGUGAGAGAUCAGGAAGAGAGACCCACAUGCCAUUUACGGUCUCGCUAUUGCACACAUCCCAUCUUCUUUUCCAUCCUUCAUCCUUCUCUGCCUACUGUUGGAAUAUGCUCUCGGAGCUCUCCCAAAGCAGAUUUCACCAAUCCCGUUUCUUGCAAUCGUAUCUGAUUGUGACAAGGUUGGAGGCAUGGGGACUAAAGUUGAAUACACCAUCAAUCUCUUAGCAGCCUCACCAAACAGCAGCAGCUUUACUGUGCGUUGUGUGGAUUACUGGGAUAGUUUGCGGAAUAGUCGACUGAUCAAGGGGAACUGCUCCCAGACCGGACUGGACAACUUUGAGGAUUCCAUGGACAAGAAGCUUGAAAAGCAGCCCAGCAUAGAACCCAUCAAAAGGACAAUGCAGAUGCACGAAGAUGUCUUUAAACACCAGGUAAGUGAACUUCAUAGGCUCUAUAGAGUGCAAAAGAUGCUAAUGGAAGAGCUGAAAAAGGAACCCAAGCAAGACAGACAUCGGAGUUCCACGACUAACUCAGAUAUAAAUCACUCUCACUUCAUUAACCCCUGCCAUCCAACGACACGAACCACUUGUGGAUUGAACUUCAGUCUUCAGAGAUUGAGAGAUGAUCCAAGCUCAAGGGAGCGGAGUGGCAGUUGCUCUGGAGAGACUGUGAGAAUGCCAAGGGAUUUUGAUCUUGAAAGGCCUGCCGAGGAAGACAUCUCAACAGGAAUCAGUGCCGUUGAUGAAGACCAAGCAGAGCCAAGCUCCCAGAGGCCCAACAGAAUUGACAAGAUGAGCAUUGAUGGGUCUGAUGAAGAUUGCAAAGUGGAGCUGACAUUAAGCAUUGGUGGCAUCUUGGGCACGAAGACUUCGAAAUCCGACCUACCUGAAAUAGGAUUUAGGCAGCCAUCCCAUAAGAAAGUUAGGCACCUUGAUUCAUCUGCCUCUUUUAAAUCUGAUCGAGCAGAGGAUUGCUGUGACCCCACCACCCCCAUGAGCAGCUCAAGUGCAACAUUCGAUCAGGAAAGAGAGCGGCCACAUUGGCUUUUCCAAGGUUUAAAGCUUAAAUAGGACAUGUAAUUGGAAGUUGUUUGUGUUUUCCUUCCAACUCUACAUGGACCACUGGAUUUACACAGUCCGCGCAUUUAGAUUCUUCAAUUAGUUGUCACCUUACUCUAAUAAAAGGCCUGAUUGACACACCUAGUUGUGGGGUGUACAUCGUUGUAAAUAGGUCAUUCCCAAGCUUGCCCCCUGGCCUGUCUUGUCUAAUAGUUCAAUGGGGGUGUCUGCAUUGCGAGCACUUUGAUGUCUUUACGCAGCAGUCUAAAUUCGGAAACAAAGAACUAUGUAUUUUCAUGAGCAGAUGGGGAAGUGAAUGCAAUGAAAAAGAUGGUAUAUAUGAAAACCUUUCAGCCUCAAAGAGCACCAAAACAGUAGGGAGUUGUCAGACUGCAGUAUUGUCUACCACGUAGAUUUCAGAUCAAGAAACAUCAGGACUUUCCAUCGGAAAAUGAACAAGAAGCAAAAUUGAGACCAAGAAGAUUUCAGAUCAAAAGUCGCUCAUCAUGCUUGAGUUGGCCAAAAGAGUGUUACAAGUUCUGGUGGCUAUUCUUCGAAGGGAAGGGAUCCACUGGAACUGGGCUGAAUGACCGAUGCAGCAUUCUGGACAAGAAAAUGGCUUCGCAUCUUGUUAUGUAAAACGUCUCCACAUGUAAUAUGGGGUAGAAACUGGGAUUUCAUCGAUCAAGAAAUUUGUUGCCAAAAUAUAAAAAAUCACUAUUAUUCGCCCUAUCCUUUUAGGAAUUUAGUUUACGAUCUCUCAGGUGAUCAUGCGAUUCCUUGUCUACCAGGAUAAAAUCAGUUCAAUGCUUAUUAGAAUUGGGCCUCA